AUGCGCCACCUUUACAUCUCCCUGGCAUGUGGUGCGUGGACGGUCAUUGGCGCGGACGAACCCAAUCCGUGUGAAAAGCGGUACUUGGAGAACAGCGGCUUCGGUGGCAUCGGAUGCCGAGUCUCCCUGCAGUCCGGCGAAUACUACAGCCUCCCAUUCUCUCAAAUUGAAGAGAUCUUUGCAGCAGCCGUGCAUGCCCUGGAAGACUGUCGAGCGAUAGGGGGGAUGCUUUGGUCUGUCGAAUUCCCGACGAACACAUCGGGCACCAACUCACGGGCAAGAUGGGAGAAAGCUACACUUUUGCGUCCGAUGGGCAUUGGUUUCUGUGCCCCGGGCAUCUGCAAGAGGCGGCAAUUGCCACCGCUCGUAGAGGACUACGUUUCCAACUACAUGGGUUUCCAAGCAGAGAUCGCUCCGCACCACAUACGUUUUACGGAGCUUGGCAGUUGGAAAGACUUUAACAUUCAGUUUGCAGUAAUUGGCCUCGACCAUUGUGGGACGACCUCCGCUCGGAUGAAUUUGGGGUUGCAUCCAGAGGUGGAAUUCUCUAAGUCACAGGUGUCUGCGCUCUUUGAAGACACAUUCUUCACUUGGGGCCUUUCAUGGUCGCUACUUCCACCAAGAUAUCUACAGAAGGGUUGGCUAGAGUUCAACGAUGCGCGACGGCAACGUUCAUCUUCAGUGCUUGGAAUACACAAUGCUAUCCUGUGGAGGCAUUCCGUCGCCCGCCUGGCCCUGCGCCAAAUGAAUGCUCGACCUUUGCUGAUAGUUUGUUCACCAGCUCGCCGCUUAGCAUCCUUGGCGAUGCUUGGACACAUGGGGGCCUCUCGAGGUCCAGAGACCGUAGCUGUCGCCGACCUAAUCCGAGAUGCCGACGCCGACGUGGCUUCAAUAGCCCAUCUGAAGGAAUGGCGGCGCCUGUUUGGGGAUCUUUUGAUCGUUGUCCAUCAAGAAGCACUGAUGGAAAUAGGCACCUACAACAUGGUGUUUCCUCUUCUUGGUUUGGAUCCGAUGCCUGCCGGCACAUCACUGGGACGGUUCCACGUCAGCAGCCACCACUGGAAGAGCCGACUGUGCCACAGCAAGGACAAGGCAUUGCUCAAUCAGCUAAAUCGCACGCUACGGCCCUGGAUGAUUGCCAGCCAUCAGCUUUUGCAGCAAUCAAGCCAAGAUAUCCCAGCUUCACUCUGGCAGCUGCAGGGGCAUUGUAACGACGGCCCAGAUUCUCGUUUGAAAGUUUCGAGCGGAGUUCGCCGACUGGGAGUUCUGUCCUAA